AUGGAGCAAAUCCCACUUAUCGGUAAUUACUCGCAUAUUCACAAAGGUGUUCAGAAGAAUGUGGACGCCGUGAAGGCAGACAUCUAUCGAGCCGACAAGCAGGCUUCUAUCACUGGAACUGCGGUAGUUGUCGCUGGAGAUAUCACUAGGCAGGUUGCUCAACAUGGAGUCACCCGCAAAGUCCUAGUCACCGGAUUUGACAUCCUGGCGUUGACUAAGAGAUCCUAUAAAGAGUGGAAUGGUACGCGUUACUGGGAUAUCACUGUCGUUGUCAGUUAUUAUGGUGCUGUUCAGGUGUAUCCAGAGGGUGCACUUACUUCCAGCGCUGCACCUGAGAAUGCGUCACUGGAGGAACUUGAUUAUUCCAUCAAGUGUACCUUUGGUGGAAGCUGGCUUACCCCACUUGGACCCAUGGUCGGAACUGGAACCCUUGAAGCUCACACUUAA